AUGAGCGCCUCGAAGCGGACGAUUUGGGUGGUGCGGCACGGGGAACGCGUCGACAACGUCGACAAGAAGUGGAAAGCGAACAACCCCGACAUCUGGGACGAUCCGCCGCUCACGUACGGUUGUUUGUGUCUUCCAUGCAUUUGAGGCUUGCCCGAGGGCCGGCCCGUCAGUCAAGGGGGUACGCCCAUUUUUAGCCCGGGCCUGGCAAGGCCCUUGAGCGAAAACGGACGGCUCGGCUAGAAAAAUUCAAAUUUUCUACCACAAAAAUGACGCUUUUGGGAAGUUUUUCCACUUGAAAUUUAAUAUGGCGAGUAAAUGAAAUUCGAAAAUUUUUUGAAGUUUGGCCCGGCCCAAACCCGGGCAAAAAUAAGGCUCAAAGCUUGGGCCAAGCCUCCCAACUUAACGCUCUCCAUCAGACUUGGUAAUGGAUGAAAAGUUUGGCAAAUAAGGUUACAAAACGCGCGAAAAUUGUGAUUAGCUUUAGAGCGCACUUUGAGAGAAUUGGAAGGCUAUUUUUUGGACUGAGUUAUUAAAGGAAGUUUUUUCGUUUGAAUGACAGAAAAGUUUGAUUUUCCAUUUUUAGCCCGGCCCUGGCAAGGAGUAAAUGAAAUUCGAAAAUUUUUUGAAGCUUGGCCCGGCCCAAACCCGAGCAAAAAUAAGCCUCAAAGCUUGGGCCAAGCCUCCCAGCUUAACGCACUCCAUCAGACUUGGAAGGGGUGCAAAGACAUCUGAUGAUGGAUUUUUCAAAGAGAAUAUUUUUGAACAUAUUGGUGAAAUAAAGUGUUAAUCCUGGUCAUCUCUCAAAAAAAAAAAAGCGAAAAUAAGUUUCCUUUCAAAUUUCGGUUUUUCUGGUACACAAAAAGCAAGAAAUGAAAAAUAUCGUUGUCCGUAGAGCAACUUUGCUCUGCACAUAUGCGCUCUUCCGCGAAUUUUUUUGAGGGUCUUUUGUACGAUUUGAGUUAGAUUCUUUGAUUGAGAUUAGCUAUGGAGCGCGUUUCGUAAGCUUCUAAAGGCUGUUUUCGAACAGGGUUGCUCAGAAAAACUGCUGGAUCGACCAGGCGGUGAACAAGCUACGGAAAACCGCCUUUGGCGAACUAGAAGUUGAACGUGUAGUUGAUCAAGUUGAAAGCAUGGUCUUCUGCGCGAAGUCCAUUCAUUUGCGUCCUGACGAACUCAGAAUGUAGCGGAUUUUGUAGUAGAAACUGGAGACUGUGCUUUAAAGGCAUAGGGGCAGUAAAAAAUGGGGUUUCAGGUAAAAGCAGUAUCUUAUAUAGUUUUUCUUUGCGAAUCGAAUGGUGUACUCAAAAAAAUCACAGAUGUGACAACUUUAAAAGAAAAACGCGAUUUUACUUUCCCGCCUUUAAUUUUGAAAAAAGCUUUGGAUUGGCCUACGGACAAAAGUUUACAGUAGCCGUGCACGCGAUGUUGCGGACGUCUCAUUAGACUCGCAUUCUGUGUGAAACAACCGGAUGUCUGCUUCAAAUUAAGGGUUUCUUUUCUGAAAAAACGUUUAGUCAAACAAAAAACACACACCGAUAAUAAAGGAAACACAAAAUAACGCUAUCCCAAUCGAAACCGAUGUAAAAUCCUCAUUUUUCACCAAAGAAGCAUUUUUGCGAUCAAAGUUUGCAAAUUAUACAUGAAUAGAAAGCUUUUGUGACGAAAAGAACUUCGGUGACAACAGAAAAAUUGAAAUUUGAAAGAAACGAAGAAAAAGGCGAAAAUCCGAAAGUUGGCGAAGCCUGUUGUCCAUAGAGCAACUUUACUGCAAAGCGCCCUUUUUGCGGGAACUCAAACUUUCCUCCCUCCGACUUUGAAUAAUUUUUUCUCCAAAACUAGGAAGUUCUGUACGUUUCCAAGUUCACCGUCCGAUUCGCAAUGAAAAGCUCUACAAAGUACUGCUUUGAACUGAAACACCGUUUUUUACUGCCCUUAUGCCUUUAAGUGGAAGCCUCGAAAUGAGGGCGACAACUUUGAAUUUUACACGGAAUAGACAGAAGAAUUUGAAGACUGCGCGGCCUCCAACAAGCUCGUGAAGUGGCCCUUCGGCUGUGCAACGAGAACAUUGAUUACGUUAUCACAUCACCUUUCACUAGGUACCUUUUUUGCCCCUUCCUUGAAAAAAAAAAACACUUCAGAUGCGUUGAAACGGCUCGCGAAAUUCUCAGCGUUCAUCCCGGCACGGCUCCGGUCUACAUUGAACCUGGUGAGAAUUUGGAAAAAAAUUUUUUCAGAAGUUUUUUUACAUUUUUUUGAGCCGUUUCGAAAAUUUUCAGGGCUCUCUGAGAACUUGUCAAGCUGCAAGUCGCCUCCCGGGUAUCCGAAUAUGGAAAAAGUUGAAGUGGGUUUUUCUUUUGCUCUGAUUAAAAAUAAAUAAAAAAAGAAUGAAAGGCCAAAAGUCCGUAAUUUUGAGAAAAGUGGCCUUUUUAAAAACGUGUCUAGACACCAAAAAUCGCUUACCGUAAUCUGCCUUUCCUCCAUAAUGUUUGUGGUAGAACCUGGUAGCUGUUUUCCAAGUUCUCAUUGCCAAGAAAUUAAAAUGAAAUAAAUAGAGCAAAAAAAGGAAAAAAAUAUCGGUAGUUGUCCGUGGAGCAACUUUGCUCUGCACAAGUGCCCUCUGCCGAGAAUGUUCUUAUUUGUUUUUUUUUUUUGAAUUUUUUCAAUUGAGGGUCUUCUGUACGCUUGAGUUGGACUUUAUGAAAAUGCUAUAAAUGACUCAAGGGGCCAUUUAAGGGAAAUAUAUUUGUCCGUGGAGCAACUUUGCUUGCACAAAUGCGCUUCUUUUUCAUUUUUUAUUCGAAAAUGGGAAUUUUCAUGCCUUUAAGAUUCAAGUGAGACCCUCUGAAGCAAAAUGAGAAAAUCUGCAAGAUGCUAUAAGUUUUCCAAGGGGUCACUUAAGGGAAAUAAUGCCACGAAUCAAUUUUAUCAAAGGAUUUCUGUACCAGUUGGACCCUUUGAAAAAUGAAGAGAAGCUCUACAAAGUACCAUAACCAUCUCAAGGGUCCAUUUAAGGGAAAUGAUGUCGCGGAUCGACGACACCUACCAGCCGGUCUACACGACCCUCCCGCCGGAAGGACCCGGCGACCUCGGCUGCACCAACCGGAUCAGCGUCACGAUCAAGGCGCUCCUCAGGAAGUUCUCCUCGGGUUGGACUUUUUCCUAGGAAUCCUGAAAUGGGAAAGGUUCAGGGAACAUUUUGCUGGUCUCGCACGGAAGUCCGAUCGCCAGCAUCCACAGUACGCUCUUUGGCGGCUGGAAGUACCCCGGACAGUGCACGAUUGGUGAGGAUCUUGAUAUUUCUGACCCUUUCUCGAGCAAAAAUGGGUCGUUUGUUUUGAUUUUUUAAGUCUUACUUUUUCUUCAGUGGUAAUUGGAAUUUGUAGCUUGGGACUUGGGACUUAGGGCUUGGGAAUUUAUAUAUGUGUUUUUUUGAUGUUUCAGCCAUAUCCAGUUGAACAAAGCAAGAAUGGGGCCCGAAUUUCCAAGUUUUACUGUUUCUAGAGUGUGAAUUAGGAGCUUGGGACUUGGGACUUGAGACUUGGGACUUGAAGCUUGGGAAUUUAUACAUAUAUCUAUAUUUUUUUUUUGUAUUUUUAGUCAUAUUUAGUUGAGCAAAGCAAGAAUGGGACCUGGUUUUUUAAGUUUUACUGUUUCUAGAGUGUGAAUUAGGAGCUUGGGACUUGCGAGCUUGGGACUUGAAGCUUGAUACUUGGGGCUUGGGAAUUUUUUUUAUUGAUGUUUCAGCCAUAUUUAGUUGAACAAAGCAAGAAAGGGACCCGAUUUUUUAGGUUUUACUGUUUCUAGAGUGUUAAUUGGGAGCUUGAGACUUGUAGCUUGGGACUUGGGACUAGAAGCUUGGGCCUUGAAGCUUGGGAGUUGGGGCUGGGGAAUUUAUAUAUAUUUUCACCUUAUUUUGAUCCAAAAAACGUGCCAAUUUUGCAGCGAAAAUCGCGGACAACUACGGCAACUACUCGCUGGAGAUGUACAACAGCAAGGCGCACUUGUCGCAGCAGAUCAACCUUCACGACGAGUCCGUCCCCGUUCCCCGUUGA